CGCUCGGUGAACGGACUUAUGGUGUUGGCGGAAAGCUGUGCAAAGAAAUUUGCUGGUGAGGGGUAAAAGAAGAGUGGCAAGUGCACUGUCAGCAUAAAGAUCAACAUCAAGUUUAGACUGCGGAGACAGCCUGCCUUCCAUAAUCCCUGUAGCCAUGUUUCACAUUGUGGAGUUUCUGAAAACCCAAGAAGUUGAAGUUGUACCAGCACUGUGGGUUGCAGAUGAAGUUUGUCAAUGGCCAGCUCAGUACAAAGCUGACGAAUUAGUGAAGGCCAUACGGAGCCAGGAGAAGCCUGGACACUCAUGGGAUGCAUUUCAUGUUCGAAUUUUAUAUACAGCUGCUCUACUGCACAAACUUCUUACAAAUCAAGAAAUUAUUUUGGAACAACUUAAAGUGAUUCAGAUGAAUCUGCAAAAAACAGGCCAACCUGCCCAGGGGCAGGAUCCCCUCAAGGGAGAAGUGCUGCCGCUAAAAGAUGCGACUGCCCUCCUUGCUUUGGAAAAACGUCUCAGAGAAGAGGAAGACCUCAAAAACAAAAUGAUUACUACCUUGAGUGUCAUUGGAGGAGUUGACAUUAAGGAUAGUGUUUGGCGAAUUAUGAAGCACUGUUUUGCCAACCCCCUUGCCAAACAGCUCAACUGGCGUGGCAUCAAUGGCAAAACAGCUUUCCAUGGACUGCAUAUGAAAGAUGUCAUAACUGGGACUGUGAGAAACAACAGACUUACAGCAACAGCAACUGAUCAAGAGGUUGAGUGCUACAUAAAACGAUGGCUUCACCAUGUAAGCGACCGAGAUGGAGGGAGAAGAGAAAGAGAGGAGCGAAGACGGACUCUCCAGAAAAACUGUGUACAAGAUCACAAUGACACUGCUGGGCCCAGUCAAGAAGAACACUAAAAUGUUUACAUAGUGUCUGUUGCCAUGUAGUGUCUGUUUUUUUAUACUGUGAAUAGUUAAGAGUUUUUUUAUCUUAUAAAAACGUAUUGUUCUAUGUUAUUGUGUACAGUGUUUCUAAUAAUA